AUGAUGUCGUAUCUCAAGCAACCUCCAUACACAGUGAAUGGGCUGAGCCUCACUACAUCGGGCAUGGAUCUGCUCCACCCUUCGGUCGGCUACCCCGGCCCGUCCUCUUUUCUGUUUCAAGCUACUCCGCGGAAGCAGCGGCGAGAGAGAACCACAUUCACCCGAGCGCAGCUGGAUGUCCUGGAGGCGCUUUUCGCCAAGACUCGCUACCCGGAUAUCUUCAUGAGGGAAGAGGUGGCUCUGAAAAUUAACCUGCCCGAAUCCCGAGUCCAGGUUUGGUUCAAAAACCGUCGGGCAAAGUGCCGCCAACAGCAGCAGCAGCAGCAGAAUGGAGGGCAGCAUAAAGUUCGGCCAACGAAGAAGAAGAGCUCGCCAGCCCGGGAGCCGAGCUCGGAGAGCGGGGCGAGUGGUCAAUUCACGCCACCCUCCAGCAGUUCGGCGACGGUCAUAUCGAGCAGCAGCGCCCCGGUGUCCAUCUGGAGCCCCGCGUCCAUCUCUCCGAUCGCCCCCGAUUGCCUCUCCACGUCCUCGUCCUGCAUGCAGCGUUCCUACCCCAUGAACUACACCCAGGCCUCGGGUUACACGCAGGGAUACGCCGGAUCCACGUCCUACUUUGGGGGGAUGGACUGCGGCUCGUACCUGUCCCCGAUGCAUCACCAGCUCCCCGCCCCAGGGACGGCGCUCAGUCCCAUGGGCACCAACGCGGUGACCGCAGGCCACCUCAACCAGUCUCCGGCCUCCCUCUCUGCCCAGGGCUAUCCAACCGGCGGAUUAGGGUUUAACUCCACCGAUUGCUUGGAUUAUAAAGACCAAACUGCUUCAUGGAAACUCAACUUCAAUGCUGACUGCUUGGAUUACAAAGAUCAAACGUCUUCGUGGAAGUUCCAAGUUUUGUGA